AUGUUUAGACGAUGUUAUUCUGUUACGCCAGUUUCUCGAGCUUUGGUAGUGGAACAGUUAGAAGGUAUAAACAAAAUCAGUCAAAUUCCUUGGAAAUUACUUCAACUGCAAGAAAAUGGAAAAUUAGAGACUAAAUUGAAAGCUGAGUAUAAGUUGAAGAACUUUCCAAUUACUUGGGAGUUUUUAAAUACUAUAGCUUUGGCUGCUCAUAAGUCCAGACAUCAUCCCGAGAUAACCACUGUCUAUAAUAAUGUCACCAUUGAAUUGACCACUCAUGACUUGAGUAACAAUGUAUCACAAUUAGAUUUGGAUCUCGCUUCUACUAUUAGUGAAGUUUAUACCAAAUGUUCUGACAAUUCUCGUAAAGUUAAGUUUAGUGAUUUUCUUACUCUUCCUUAA